CAACCAUGGCACCACUACCCGUUAUUAAUCUCGAGCCAAGCGAGGUGAAAGAGAUCUUCUGGACCAAAGUGAAGGAACCACAGUCGCAGCGCAAGCUGAUUCUCGUGAUCGUGUCCAUCGCUCUGCUGCUGGAUAACAUGCUGUACAUGGUGAUUGUGCCGAUCAUUCCGGAUUACCUUCGAUAUAUAGGCACCUGGGGACCGGAAGAACCGUAUAAUAUGAGCGCCCCCACCACCGUCUUCACACCGCACACACAUGCCCACCAUGGGCAGGAUUCGGCCACCGGCAUUCUGUUUGCCUCGAAAGCCAUCGUGCAGCUGAUGGUGAAUCCGUUCUCCGGUGCACUGAUCGAUCGGAUCGGAUACGAUCUUCCCAUGAUGGUGGGGCUGAUCAUCAUGUUCCUCUCCACGAUGGUGUUUGCCUGUGGGCGCAGCUACAGCAUGCUGUUCUUCGCCCGCUCGCUACAGGGCGUUGGGUCUGCCUUUGCCGAUACUUCCGGUCUCGCCAUGAUUGCUGACCGGUUUACGGAGGAAUCCGAACGUACCAAGGCUCUCGGCAUUGCACUGGCAUUCAUCAGUUUCGGGUGUCUGGUGGCGCCCCCGUUCGGUGGUGCACUGUAUCAGUUUGCCGGAAAGGAGGUGCCGUUCGUUAUUCUCGCGCUAAUAUCGCUGAUGGAUGGGUUCAUGCUGCUGCUGGUGAUGAAGCCAAUCAAGGAACAGUUGGCCGAUAGGCAUGAGGUGAAACCGCCGUCCGUACCGAUCUGGAAACUGUUGAUGGAUCCGUACAUUGCCGUUUGUGCCGGUGCGCUGAUGAUGUCUAACGUUGCGCUUGCCUUCCUAGAACCAACCAUAUCACUCUGGAUGGAGGACAACCUGACGACGGACAACUGGAAGAUCGGUAUGGUGUGGUUACCGGCUUUCUUCCCGCACGUGUUCGGUGUGAUCAUCACCGUCAAGAUGGCGAAGCAGUAUCCGGAAAAGCAAUGGCUGAUGGCCGCCGGUGGGCUUGCACUCGAAGGACUCUGCUGUUUCAUCAUUCCGUUCAGUUCGUCCUACAUCAUGCUGAUGAUUCCGAUUUGCGGAAUUUGUUUCGGUAUUGCUCUUAUAGACACUGCACUACUACCCACGCUAGGCUACUUGGUAGACAUACGGUACGUGUCAGUGUACGGUAGCAUCUACGCCAUCGCGGACAUCUCCUACUCACUAGCGUACGCCGUUGGUCCGAUUAUUGCCGGCGGUGUAGUGGAAGCGAUCGGCUUCACCGCCCUCAACUUCCUGAUAGCGUUCUCGAAUCUGUUGUACGCUCCGGUGAUGUCUUACCUGCGCAAUAUCUACGACUUUAAACACUUCGAAAACGAAGCCAACGUACUGAUGGGUGAUCCACCGACGAAGGAAUACCAGACGUACACCAUGCACGAUCAGCAGAUGGUUGGUGAGGAGUACAAGAAUCAUCUAGAGUACGGACGUCAAACGGAUGAUGGUAACUAUCAGCAGGAGACCAACAUCGACCAAGGGUACUCUCAGAAUGGAAGCUAUCAGCAGCAACAGCAGCAGCAACAGGGUGGCUAUCAAAACUAUCAGCCCGGAUAUCAAGAGCAGGGAGGCAAUGUGUAUCAGCAGCAGCAACAGCAGCAAGCACCACGGCAUCUUCCACAGCAACCCCAGCAGGUUGUUAAUCCCUUCCGACACGGGGAAUCUUCCGGACAGCAACAGCAGCAGCAGCAGCAGCAGCAGGCUCCGUCUCAAUCAAGGGUUUCGAAUCCUUUCCGGCAAGGCUUCUAAACUAGCUAUAUCCGCGAUUCCUUCGGAUUGCUUGAUCGUAGCACAUCGGUCGGCGUUCAUCUGCGCCUCCGAGUGCUGUCGAUAGGUUAACUGUUGUUAUGCUUCGCUUACUUCGAUAGAGAGGCU